GAUACAUGCCACUGCAUCGUGUUUGUUUCUUCCACUCGUACCAUCAUCAUCGACUGUACAGCGUAAUUCAAAGAAUGCAAGCUCCCUCUCAACCUCUUACUCAGUCUCCAAGUGGAGCAGCGCCUGGUCGAUCUGCAAUCCUCGCACCUCCAAAUCUCACACCUGAUGAUACCGACCAUUGGUUGGCCCCUGUGCUUCGCACUGCUCCCGACCACCUAAGAAAGUGGUUCAUGGACAUGAGUAGCCGUGAUCAUGAUAAAAUUUAUAUGACAGAAAUUGACGAGGAGGCCAAAACCUGGAUCCAAGAGCAUCGUGAAGAAGUAAUUGAGGCCAUGCCUGUUCGACUCGAAACCUAUGAAAACAAUGUAAUUCUACAAAUCCCAUCACAGAUCCAUCAGUUUGCCGGUCAGGUCAUCAAGGAAGCUAUCAACUCCAGAUAUAAAUCUGGCACCCAGGACAUCACAAUUAUGGAAUCUGCUGAUAUCCCCCUUCUCGACAAGCAUUGGAAGCAGUGCGACAUCCAAAUCUAUGACUUAGGGCCUCCACCUGACAGCGCCAGUGCGGCCAUCCGAAAGGCUUACUCGUACCCCACUGUUGUAAUUGAAGUCGGUUUCUCUGAAUCUGCUGCGGAUUUAGAUUUCGACAUUGCACGAGCUCUCUGCUUGACGGAAGGGAGGCUGUGGCUUGGCAUUGUCCUCAAUAUUGGCAAAGGCCGAAUCCCUGUCCUCACCAUCACCAUCUUUGUGUUUGCACCAGGCUUGAUGUCAGAAGAUGAGGUUGAGGAGGCAAGGAUUGAAUCUGGUCGAGUGUAUGGCCGACACGAGGGGCAUUGGGUCCCUGUCUUUUAUCAGGACCACAGACGCUACAAUAAUUUCCUGGCCAUCGGGGUGAAGACGAUUGAAGAAGAUGGGAAAUGUGGGAAACCGGCUUACUAUUGUCUGAAAGACGAUAGCUGGGAAAUUACACAGGAUGCACAUGACCAUAACCAAGAUAUCAUCAUCGAGGGGUAUUUUAAGCGUGUUUCAAUGAACUUUGAAGCUCCUGCUCUGACUAUCCCUGCUAAAAAGCUGUGGGAAACCCUGUUGAAGUGCAAAGAAGUCACAGGAGCACUCAAAGGUGACAUGGAUCUUAUCAAAAAAGAUGGUACCACUGGGGAUCCCCAAGUAGAGGAUUCCAAGACAAGUGCAAUGCGGCGGCGGCGACUUACGGAGAUUGAUUUGGACGCUCCUGUUGAGCACAGGUAUUGCUGAUCGGCUUACAGCCACUGGAGCCAUCGAUUGGAAAUUACUCCGGCUUGAUGUUAAUCUUCCCCAUCUCCACCCACAACGGAAUUGUGCCUAGCUCAACAUUGUUUCGUUGAAGAGAUGUUGUUUCUUGACAGUGUCAGUGGUGCUUGUGGACUAUAACACCUCCUGAUACCAAGAGUGUUCUGCA